AACAUUGUUUGUAUAAGUCAAAUAAUUACCGAACACACGAAACACAAUGAAUAUUAGAAUACUGCUCAUCUCAUACCUCGGUGUGUUGAGUAUACACAGCACUGGCGUGUCCGGUUUGCGACAAACCCGAAAAGUGCACGGUCAAGGUCGAAAUCCGCAAGCGGGCAUUCAAUCACCGUCUGGAGACUAUGACAUACAACCAGACCUUUUCGCUCAAUUCGGCAAUGAACAAGGCAAAGGCAACGGCAACGGCAACGGACAUGGCAAUAAUGGGCGUGGUAAUGGUGCUAAUAAGAAUAAGGGUGGUAACAAAGGUUUGCAGGGUUUCGUCUUAGCCACUGAGUCGGACAACAGUAAUACGCCGGCGGACUGUGCAAACCCUAAUGGGCCUGGUAAUGGGCAUGGACGUGGACAUGCUUAUGGUCACUGUCGUGGGCGUGGUAAUAAUAAGUUCGGCCCGAAGCCACCGCCACCCGGACUUUACAAACGUUUUGCCGCCAUCUAUAAUAAUGUGGAGAGAAAAGUCCAUGGUGCGGCUUAUGAUGAGACGCUCGAAAAUGAUGAAGUGAACGACGAUUUCAAUGGCAGAUCUAUUGUGGCGCCAGGACAAUAUCCGCAUAUGGCUGCCUUAGGUUUCCGCUCCUUCGCCGACAGCUACGAGUACAAAUGCGGUGGCAGUUUAAUUAAUGAGGUGUUCGUUUUAACGGUAGCACACUGUUGCUACCACAGCGGCCAACAGCCCGAGACCGUCAAAGUGGGCGACAUCAAUCUGAAAAACGUUGACUUCGAUGAAGUAUUCCAAGUGCGUCCCAUUGUCGAAGUGCAGGUACAUCCUUUAUACAACUCCUCGUACUACUAUCACGACAUAGCACUGAUACGUUUGGCGCAGCCCGUUGUCUACACGAACUUUGUACGUCCGAUACGCUUGUGGGUUAGUGACGACAUUCCUUAUAAUAAACUUCAUGCAAUGGGUUACGGCUCGACCGCUUUCGCACAGGCGCCCACGAAUAUCUUAACCGAGCUGGAGUUGUCCAUUGUGCCAUUGCUGCAAUGCAACCAAGUGUUGCCUACGGACUCUGGUGUGCCGGAGGGAGUAGUGGAUUCGCAGAUUUGUGCCAAGGAUUACGAGCGAAAUCGUGACACAUGUCAGGGUGAUUCCGGCGGACCACUGCAAUUGAACCUAAUGCGUAAAAAUAGGAAGCAUUUUCGCUACUAUUUAAUCGGAUUGACUUCGUAUGGCGAAUUUUGUCGCAGCGCAUAUCCGGGAGUUUACACGCGUGUUUCGUCGUACAUUGAAUGGAUCACAUCGGUUGUUUGGCCAGAACAAUACGACAGUUAUUUUCCAGAACAGUUACAAUAGUUGGGCAACGACCGG